AUGACCGAGGAAGAAAUGCUGCGGUCAGAUCGAGACAUGGCAGGCUGGACAUCGGGCAUGGGAAAAGGGAUGGGAUACAGCUGUGGUGGGGACGAGAGGUCAUGGGGAGACGGCCUGGCGGCAAGGGUGAGCAAGCCAGCCCUCAAGUCAUUCAAGGGUAGUAAGAAGCAUGGGCAUGAUGGGAGGAGCCUCAAUGGAGAAAACCGCGAGUGGCAAACUGAACUCAAGUGCUUCGUGGACGGGAAACCUGUCCCUGAGAAGCUAGAUGUCAAGUCCUGGGACGCCAAAGUCACAGCGGCCUGGGUGGCGUCCUUGAAUGACGGCGAGUUCGAGCACAACGUCCACAGACUGGAAGAGAUCGGGAUCAAAAGCUUCGGCGAUAGGAUAAAGAUUUCAGACCUGAUAGCACAGCUCAAGCGAAGAUAUUCAAAGCCGCAAACCGCGAUGUUGAGGCAGCCGUCGUGGCCGGAGUGUUUUUACCUGAUGUUGACAUUUCAGUGGGCCAACACAAGUGAGGGUAAGCAUGGAGCUGAGAUGAAGGAAGAGCUGAUUCAAGCAAACGGCGCCAUCGCUCUCGUUUCAACUCUGACCUGGAGCAUGGCGUGGGACCUCUUCUUCGGCUCUGCAACGCAGUGUUAUUGCUCCACCACUAAACCUGAUCUGUGUUACUGUUCCACCAGCUGGGAUCUUGGAGGGGGGCCUCUCCUCAUUUUCUACUGCUUUGCUGGAUUGUCGGCAUUCUUGUUCAUGUUCUCGACCAUCUAUGCAGUCCUGCAGAUCAUGAUGGUCUACGAAAUGUCUGAUGACGAAGAGCUGGAGUGUUUCCUCGACCUCGUCCCCCAGGACUCGCUGCUUCCAGGCAUGCUCUGCUUCUCCGUCCCCGUCGGCGUCUACCUCAUCUACAACGUCAACCUCGGCAUCGUCCCUGGCCCACAAGGACCCGAGCGUCACACCCAGCUGGUGUUCAGCUAUAUCGCCGCCAUUUUCUCAGCUGUCAUCUCCUGCUACGGCUUCCUUUACAAGAUCCCCUCCAUGGUCUACGCGGUGUAUCAGGAGCGCAAGGCCAAGAUCAUGGCAGUGGAUGACGACAAGACCAACGAGUGGAGCGAGUGA